AUGCGUGAUAAAAUGAGGAAGUGGAGGGAAGAAAACUACCGAAACAGUGAACAGAUAGUGGACGUUGGAGAAGAGUUAAUUAAUGAAUAUGCAUCUAAACUUGGAGAUGACAUUUGGAUAAUAUAUGAACAGGUGAUGAUUGCUGCCCUGGACUGCAGUCGAGAUGAUUUGGCGUUGUUUUGUCUUCAGGAACUAAGGCGGCAGUUUCCUGGGAGCCACAGAGUUAAACGAUUAACUGGAAUGCGAUUUGAAGCUAUGGAAAGGUAUGAUGAUGCUAUCCAGUUAUAUGAUAGAAUUUUACAAGAAGAUUCAACUAACACAGCAGCAAGAAAGCGUAAGAUUGCCAUUCGAAAAGCCCAGGGAAAAAAUCUUGAGGCCAUCCGAGAGCUGAAUGAGUAUCUGGAACAAUUUGUUGGAGACCAAGAAGCUUGGCAUGAACUUGCAGAACUUUACAUCAAUGAACAUGACUAUGCAAAGGCGGCCUUCUGCUUAGAGGAGCUUAUGAUGACUAAUCCACACAACCACUUAUACUGUCAGCAAUAUGCUGAAGUUAAAUACACUCAAGGGGGGCUCGAAAACCUUGAGCUAUCAAGAAAGUAUUUUGCACAAGCACUGAAGCUUAACAACAGAAAUAUGAGAGCUUUGUUUGGACUUUAUAUGUCUGCCAGCCAUAUUGCUUCCAAUCCAAAAGCAAGUGCAAAAAUGAAAAAAGAUAAUAUGAAAUAUGCCAGCUGGGCAGCUAACCAAAUAAACAGAGCAUACCAGUUUGCAGGUCGCAGUAAGAAGGAAACUAAAUACUCUUUGAAGGCAGUGGAAGACAUGUUAGAGACGCUGCAAAUCACUCAAUCUUAGGUUGGCGUAGAGAUCCCAUAUUAAAUUUUCAAAUUCCAUGUUCAACCUGUAAUGAUCUAUUGGUUAUGUUACUCUAGUGCUGUUGAAAGUAAAUUUUGUAUUGAUUAAUGUGCUAUCUAAAAUAAUGUUUUGUGAAAAGUAAGAUGCCUAUUUAUUGCUGCUGUGAGAGAUGUGAUGAAUACCCACUGAAACUAGUAACUUAUCCACAAACACAACAUAAAGAAAUGACAUCUGCUGCACAUCACUCUCUUUAGAUUUUUGUAUCUGCAGUACCUGCUUUUAAGCCAUAAUUUGUAGAAAUAAACUUGUUAAAUGAUUAAAAAAA